CACAUCGUCUCGACGCCAGUUGCGGAGCUCGCACCAAAAGCGGAGGAGAUAGACUGAACCGAUCCCCAAGCAACGCGCGCUAUCACACAUCCCAUAACACACAGAAAGUGUUAUAUAAUUUCUUACAUUUUUCAAUUUUUUUACUUGUGAAACUUCGGUCAUUUUCGCGUACCGUACCCCCAGUACCCAGUACCCAGUACCAGUGCCAGUGCGUAAAUCGAAUCAAAAAUGCUCGAAACAGAGGUGCUGCAACAACCAAAACUCAAUGGUCCCAUGGCCAGCGGUGGCGACUAUGACUACCCGUAUGUGUGCGGCCUCAGUGCCGACAUGAAGGUGGUGGCCAAGGAGGAGCUGCACGAGGACGAGAAUAUACGUCGGCAGGCGCUCGCCCAGUUCCGGGAGUGGAUCGACAAGCAUCCGCAUAUCAAGAAAUGCCGCACCGAUGCCGUCUUCCUGCUGCGCUUCCUACGCACAAAAAAGUUCUCCGUUCCGUCGGCCUGCGAGAUGCUCGAGCGUUACCUGACCAUUCGCCAGCUGUUCCCGCAGUGGUUCCAGCAUCUGGACAUCAAUGAUCCGGCCAUAAAUGAGAUAUUCGAGAAUGGUUACCUGGUGCCGCUGCCUCAGCGGGAUGCCAUCGGGCGCCAGGUCAUCUUCUCGGUGGCCGCAAAGUUCGAUCCUUACAAGUUUACUUCUGUGCAAAUGGCUCGUGUGCACAGCCUCAUUUGCGAGGCCCUUCUGGACGAUGAGGACUCGCAGGUGGCAGGAUACGUAUACAUCAACGACGAGAGUGGCAUGAAUAUGGGAUUUGUCAGCCUCUGGUCGCUGACCGACCUACGCAGCAUUGUCAAGUGCAUCCAGAACUCGACACCCAUGCGACACAAGGAGACCCACUUCGUCAAUAUACCCCACUACGCCAACAGAAUCAUAGAACUGGGCGUGUCUAUGCUCAGCGACAAGCUGAAGAAGCGCAUAAUUGUCCAUAAAAAUGUCGAUGCUCUGUCCAAGUCGAAGAUAGAUCCCGCCAUCUUACCAAAGGAAUAUGGCGGCACUGUGCCCAUGGCGGAGAUGAUUGCCCAGUUCAAACAGAAAUUGGUGCAGCGCCGUGCUGCCAUUCUCGCCCUGGACGACAUGCGCAUCGAGAUCACCAAGGAUGCGGCCAAUUUUGCGGGCAACGAUAUCGGAGACCUCGACGCCGGAGUAGUCGGUAGUUUUAGGAAGCUGGAAGUGGACUAGGAACCCCGCCGGAGGACCUUGAUCGUAGACUAAGCUAGGAUUAGGUCACAUUACCAUUGAGACAACUGACAAAUACGCGCGGGCAUGCACACUUUUCGUACCUAUUUAAAGCAUUAACACUAAAUUAUAUUUGUAACUACAAUGCAAUUGGGAACUCUCUGCAUCUCUCCCUCUCUCCCUCGUCCUUCCCUCCGCUCUCAGGACACACCGAUGCCAGGCGGUACAGGGGUAUCGCCAGAGGACGAAGUUGCGGUUGAGUUUUCGAGUUGUAUCUUCGAUCCAUGCGUUAUGUACUGUUACAAAAAAAUGUCUAUUUAAAUAUAUGUAUAUAUUCUUGUGAAUUUGAA